AGUGGAUUUUCACUAUGCCGUUCAUCACUGAACGUACACUCACUUUGAUAAACGUUCGUUGACCGGCAGAACUGGCAGAACAUGGCAGGACUAUGGUUGUGCCACGGCAAAACUAGGCAGAGGUGAAUUAUUUGUCGACUACAAGAAAUUAUUGGUUGCACAAAAUUGCGGUCUUCAACUCAGCAUCAUCGCGAUUUUAUGCGCCGAGCGAUUUGAGUGGUAUUGGUGGCAUGCGCACUGAACACAUCCGCUCUUGUCCCUCCUGGCGAGGUGGGCAUUCACGCAACGACUGUGUUUUUGUCAACACAGACUCUAGUCUACCUGGCAUGCAAGGUCUCGAAGUCGCACGCGUUUGCGCAUUUUUUUCAUUCCAGUACCGGGGCGAAGUGUAUCCCUGCGUUGUGGUUCGCUGGUUCGACAAAAUCGGCGAUGCUGCAGACGAAGACACGGGAAUGUGGGUGGUUCGUCCAGGAGAGGAUGCAAACAAUACUGUUGAGUACGCGAUCAUUCAUAUUGACGCCGUUUAUCGCGCUGCACAUCUGAUUCCCGUGUACGGCACGGAAUUCCUGCCUCCAGAGCUCAAAUUUUAUCAUUCCUAUGAUGCAUUCCGCGCCUACUACGUGAAUAAAUACGCUGACCAUCACGCCUUUGAGAUUGCAUUUUGAUCUAGCUACUUGUACACCAUUUGAAUUUAUAAUACUAUUUUCUCUCUUAAUAUGCAUUUUCUCUCCUUUGUGUGGCAAACCCAA